AUGGCCAAUCUUGAACGUGUCGCUAUCGACGGGCAGAAGCCCGAUCUGACGAUCAUGUUGGAUCUUGAUCCGGUUGUUGGCCUCGAACGAGCUGCUUCGCGCGGAGAAGCUGCCGAUCGCUAUGAGAAAGAGAAACUGGCACUUCAUGAAGAGCGGCGGAAUGCAUUUCUUGCCAUUGCGAAGGCCGAACCGGAUCGGUGCGCGGUGGUUGAUGCAGGCCAAAGUCAAUCGAAUGGCGAGUUAUUCGGUCAUGACGACCAGGAGGCUUUUCUUAUCAGGACAUGGGCGUCCGGACGCAUGCAUCACGCACUGCUUUUCUCUGGUCCCCAAGGAAUUGGCAAAGCGACGCUGGCAUUCAGAUUUGCACGCCAUAUCCUUGCCAAUCCGGUAUUCGACGCGGGUUCGAUGGAUGAUACUGCGUCCGAUGCGUUGCUUCGUCGGCAGAUUGCAGUUGGUGCGCAUCCGCAGGUUUUGCACUUGACCAGACCUUUCGAUCCCAAAACCCAAAAAUUCAAAACGCAGUUGACAGUUGAGGAAACGAGAAGGAUCAGCAACUUCCUGUCUUUCACUGUUCCCGGAAAUGGUUGGCGCAUCGUUAUCGUCGACCCGGUCAAUGACAUGAACGCCAGCGCUGCCAAUGCACUUCUAAAGAACCUUGAAGAGCCUACUCCGCGCACAUUGUUCAUUCUUAUUGCCCAGAGCCAGGGCCGCAUUUUGCCGACGAUACGGUCACGCUGCCUGCAGUUGCGUUUUGAACCGCUCAAUGUUGCAUCCAUGCAUCAUGCCAUUGAAAGCCUGCAUCUGGAGGGAAAUCGGGAUGCUGCUUCGCUUGUCGCAUAUGCCAACGGCAGCCCCCGCCGAGCCGCCAUGUUGGCAGAAGGAGGCGCACUCGAAGUUAUAUCUGCAGCUGAUGCUGUUUUGGCAUCAAGGAAAUUUGAGGGCGCUGCAGCGUUGAAGAUUGGUGAUGCACUCACCUCACGCGAAGCCGAGCCAUUGUUUUUUUUAUUGUGCGAGCACCUCUUGCAACGCCUGGCACAGUUUUCAACGGGUGCCGCUCUGUCCGGAUUGACCAGUGCGAACAGGCUUGCUGCACUUCACUCUGAAGUAUCAAACAAACUUGCCAUUACGCGGGGAUACAAUCUCGACAAGCGGCAAUUCCUUCUCGAAACCAUGCGUGAACUGCACGAUGGCGUUGUGGAGUCUGGUGCUCGCCACGCAUGA